GGUUACUAUUUCAACACCAACAACCCGUACAGAGACUGGCCCAGCGCCUUCGCUGAGGGCCAGGAGAAGGCCCGGGAGGGAGACCUGAACGCCGCCGUGCUGCUGCUGGAGGCCGCCAUCCUGCAGGACCCGCAGGACUCUGAGGCCUGGCAGGUUUUAGGGAUGACUCAGGCCGAGAACGAGAACGAGCAGGCCGCCAUCGUGUCCCUGCAGAGGUGUCUGGAGCUCCGCCCCAACAACCUGCCGGCUCUCAUGGCGCUCGCCGUCAGUCUCACCAACGGUGGCAUGCAGCAGGAAGCCUGCGACGCUCUGCGCCGCUGGAUCAGCCACAACCCCCGAUACAAACACCUGGUCCGGUACCACCAGAGCCCGCUACGGGGCUCCCCAGCCACGCCUCGCAGGGGCCCGCACACGUCCACGCCGGCCAGGUCUGAGCUGCAGGAAGUGCUGCUUCUCUUCCAGGAUGCGGCUCUGAUGAAUAUGGACUGUGUGGAUCCAGACCUGCAGACCGGACUCGGGGUCCUCUUCAACCUCAGCUCUGACUUCAACAAGGCUGUGGAGGCUUUCACUGCAGCGCUGUCCGUCAGACCACAG